UAGCUCAUCUCUCGCUGGAAACCAGUUUUUAUGCUUUGCUCCCAACCGGUUUUCAUCCUGAUAACUUACAGCGAAUUUCGUGUCUCGCUGCGUGUCUGGCUGUGAGGCUCGGUCUCAGUUCCAGCAUAAAUUGCACUUCGCCUGCACGGAUCGCGCAUAAACGUUCUGCCCAGCAAUCUGGCCAACUAACCAAGCCAAUCUCGGGAGCAGGCAGCAGGGGCCUGGGGCCAGUGUCAUAUGCCCGGCGCUCGGUGCAGCGAAAUGUAAGGAACGUACAACGUACAAAUAAACGCGCAUUUUCCAGAGAAGUAGAAAAACUUCCACCCUCAAAGCGGCACACAGGCGCACAUACAGUACAGACAAUCGUACAAACACACAGCGAACUAAUACAAACAUUUUAACGGUUUAUAAUAACUGAACUGCCAUUUAGACUAAACAGGAGAUAUAGUUAAUGAAGAAGAUAAACCCCAAGUUAAAAACUAUCGUGAAGAGUGGACGACACUCAACCGUCCAACCGAUAUACCCUGCAUUGCCCCUGGGCACUGUCACUGUCAUUUGCGUCGCAGCGCUGCCGCCGUUUGCGUCCGCGUCGUUUUGCCUGGCCCAGUGUUUCCGCUUUCUUUCGCCUCGUUGUAAUGUUACUUUUAGUUUGAAUUCGGAGCCUCUACGAGCCGGUCGUAAGCGAAACCGUAGAAACCGUAAGCGAGACUUUAGUGCGAUUCCGCUCCGUUCCGCCGGGGUGUGUGUGCGUGCUGCGUUGCGAGUUUAGUUCGAGAAUCAUCAGAAUCCAGCGGCGAGAAUCGAGAAUCGAAACCGAAAGUGGUUCUCCGCGUGUGCGAGUGUGAGUGAGUGUGUUGUGUUUGGGCCCGCUUUUCUGCUUUUCUACCCCCGAAAAAGCAAAGCACAGCAUAAAACUGUGCGCUCGUACGCGCGCCAGUGUGUGUGUGUGUGUGUGUCGUUUGUGUGUGUUUGUGGACAGUGCUAGUGAAAAGGAGGCGAAGUAAAGAAAACCAACCCCCACCAGCGGCGGCGGAGAACAGGAAAACAACAACAGAAAGCACACCACCACCGCCAACAUCACUACCACCCACUCUUCGUCAUCGCGUUCCGCGUUGUGCAGAAAACAGAAAAUUUACAACAAAACACACCGAUCCAGUAUAGUGCUUAAACCGAUUUUGAGGAUUAUCUUUCCAAACGAAAAAGGGCCCCUCGAGGCCCCCUAGUAACAUCCAGUAAACCCCUGCGCUCCCGAUCCUGACAUGAUGAACUUCUCCGCGUUCGGCGGCCCCUUCUCCGGCAUCCACCAGUUUGCCGCUAAAUUCGACGCCCAGACGCCCGGCGCCUUCGGCACGCCCCCCUCGGCCGCCGCGAAUGCAGCAGCCGCAGCGGCGGCGGCCGGCACCGAUAACCAUGUGCAGCGCUAUCAGACCAAUGGCAAUCACUUUAAUCAGAAUGUGCCCAACGUUUCGGCUGCCAACAACAUGCAAUAUGGCCAGAAUAUAUCCAUACCGUACUCACAGCCGCAGGGCGAUCUGAACUUUCUCAAUGCAGCCGCUGCGGCCGAUCAUAAGGGUAAAAUCCAUCCAAAAAUCGAACGUGACCGGGAAGAAGUCCUCAACCAGCAGAUCCUACAGAAUGUGAACCAAUCCUGGCAGACGCUGGCCAACACGGCCAACACGGUGGACUACUCGUCGCACCUGCUCUCCGCCACACUGCCCAUCUCCAUACAGCACUUCCUCAAGUACUCGGAGACCAUUAAGAAGGAGUCCACCGGCGAUGUCCUGAAGAAUGGCACCAAUUUGGCCAGCCUGGCGCUGGGGGGCGUGGCCCUGACGCCCAGCAACAAUGGGGCGAACGGCGGCCACCACAACGGGUUGGUGGGCAUGGACCACGGCGGGCACAUGACCAACAUGACGGACGCCAACGGAGCGGCGCUGACGAAUGGCGGCACCAGCAACGGGGUGAACGGCAACGCCAACGGGGCGGUGACCAAUGGUGGCGCCGGCGCUGUGUCCAGCUCCGGAUCCGUGGGCACCACGAACGCCAGCGGCGCCACGGGCACGGCCAGCGGCAAGAAGACCAAAAAGAAGAAACCACCAAAGGAGAAGAAGCCGCGCCCCAAGCCUGGCGAGAUCCGCGAGACGAAGGCACUGGACGGCUCCACGCUCUACUGCUGCCCGGAGUGCCAGAUGGCCUAUCCGGACCGCAGCCUCAUCGAGCAGCACGUCAUCUCGCACGCCGUGGAGCGGCGCUUCGUCUGCGACAUCUGCAAUGCGGCGCUGAAGCGCAAGGACCACCUGACCAGGCACAAGCUCUCCCACAUACCGGACAGGCCGCACGUUUGCAAUAUCUGCAUGAAGUCCUUCAAGCGCAAGGAGCAGCUUACUCUGCACAUUGUCAUCCAUUCCGGCGAGAAGAAGCACGUAUGCAUCGAGUGUGGAAAAGGUUUCUAUCGCAAGGAUCACUUGCGCAAGCACACACGCUCCCACAUCGCCCGACGGGUCAAGUCGGAGGUGUCCGCGCAAAAUGUGAACGGAUCCGCCGGAGGAGGAGGAGGCGGCGGCGGCGGUGGCGGCGGCAACAGUGCGCAGAGCAACGCGCUGCACGGCUCCUGAGGAUCGUACAAGGACUUCUGGUAAACUCACAGACGAAUUUCAAGCCAUAAGGGGCGGCUGGGCUGCUGGCGGUGGCGGAUAGGGAUCCGUAUACGGAUCGGACUACCUGGUGCCGGGAGCAGACGAGCUGCCUUUGAAAUUCGCUGGGAGCUUACUGGGGGUCCUGCUGAGCGUCACCCAACUCCAACUCCAACUCCAAUUACAAUAACCCUCAAUAAACACGAGUUAUACUUACUGGAUGCAAGUAUUAGUACGAUUUUGUUCACGACACUUUCAGUUCUUUAGCUUUAGUUCUUUCAGUUGAGAUUUUCGCACAAAACAGUCGAGCAAAGUAUAGCAAUCGAAAUGUACAAAUCAGCAGAAUGACAGAUUUAAAUUCGAGUUUAGUAUGCGCAUAUGUUAAGGGGAAGAUAACGCCGCUUCAACGACGCUUUCGUUUCUUUUUGGGGAUCUGUGAUCUGUAGUCGCUGCAUAAACAAAAAACAAACGAGACGAUCGUAGGCGGUCGAAAGCUGUUCUAAGAAUAAGUUAAUAUGUCUGCAACCGAUUUACUAUACAUACAUAUAUAUGUGCAAUUUAUAAUCCUUUUGAUUUGCCUUUUUGUUGCCCGCGCGGCGCUUUUGUUCACUACAUUAAAUGGUAAAUGUAAAUGUGUGUUCCCCUGAGGCCACAGAGGAGAUUCUUAUUGAAUUGUGCACAUUUUUUAAGGAAGUAAGAAGCUCUACAAGCGAAAUUUGUACUUCUAGUCUUGUAUUUUAUUUUACCGAUAGGCAUAGAGGGAAACCCGAAUCGAGGUCAUGUAAUCUUAAGCUUUUAAACUUGAAUGUUCAAAGGAAAACCUUCGACGCGAGUCACACCAAACACUAGACAGAAAGCCGCAAUACGAACUUGCAUCUUGGCAUGCAUGCCCAACUUCCAACCAUUGUCAUUGCUUGCAACUGCAAUAACCAACAGUACACCUAUGUAUAUCCAGCUUACCAAUCGAUACUGAUACUGAUACUGAUAACUGAUAACUGAUAACCACAAAUAGCUAUAAGAGCCACAUUAUACAGCAGCAAUAGCCAUAGGAUCGCAGAAAGCACGGAUCAACAAUCCAACAGAACCGCUAAACAUUAACAAGCGCUGCAGAUGCAACGGCCACAAUAACCGGAAACACAACUGUAUAAAUGGAUAUUUUUAUAUAUAAAUACAAAAGAGAGAGCAUAUGAAAACCGAAUAGGAAUAACGGCAUAAAACAAUAACCGAAAUAAAGUGCAAACACUUCGUGCAAGUGACAACGUAAUUUACUGUUCAAAUACAAAGCAUUUUGAGAUUAACGAUUAACGAUUAACGAUAAAGUAAACGAUUAAACAGAUCCAAAAGAGCAUACAUACAUACAUAGCAAUGCAGCAUAUUGCAACCACUUGUAUAGUUAUACGAAGCUUCAAACUAAAUACGCUAACCUACAGAUACAUAUAGAGAUACGGAUGCGGAAUCAGAAUCAGAUACUGUAAAGCGAACACUCGACAACAUGUUUGUUUCUUUCCUUGUUUGUUUCGAUCACUCAAUUCGCAAAUGGCCCACUGAGCUCAAACUUAACCAGCUUUUUGAUUCCGAAUCAAAUGGGCAUGAAUAUAGUUAAACAUUCCAAAAUAAAGAACUUUUGAGCCUUUUUCGUCGAGUUAAGAACCACACUUAUAAUGUGAACAUUUACCAGCUAAAAUACAGAAUACAUAUUUUAUACAAAUCGUAAUUUCCUAAGAGUUUGAGCCAGAGCGACAUUUCCAUGCAUUUUUCACCGUUCAAAAACUUUUUUCCGGCACAUCUCUCACAAAAAAAUGUACUUAAUCAGAAUGUAACCCAUUAAGUUGGUGCCGAAACUUUGUGUAUUUAUUCGAAUCGGUACCAGCCAGUUCGGAAUAUACAGUAGUUUACAGUGCGGAACGUAAUUGAAACACUUGCAGUGAAGUACAAAUAUUUUAACUACACACCUACAAGAGAAGAAGCACCCACGACACAACAGCAAAUUACAUAUAGACAAGUAAAACGCGGAGAUGAAUUAGCCAAAAAGUAAUGGAAAAAAAAGGAAACAAAACUAAGCAAAUCUAAAUACAGUUACUACGCUAGAGGGUAGCAUAUUAUUAAUGCGUUUUGUUGGCCCGAAAGGAAGUGGGCUGGCAACCCAGAGACAAUUUGUAAACAAUAACGUGACAACUUAUAAAUAAUUAAGCAACCUUCACAGCAAACAAGGAGUUAUUAUUUUGCCAUCGAUUUUCUUGGUCUCUUUCACACUCUCUCUCUCUCUCUCUCUCUUGACACACUAAAUCGAAUAAGAAAAUAUAAAACAAUAAGUUUAUAAAGAAAAAGUUGCAAUAAAUGACAAACAAAUGAAAUUAAAUCACUCAGGGAUAAAGCCUCCAAAAGAAAAACAUAAAAUAAAAAUGCAAUAUUUUAAACGAAACAAAAGGAAAAAAAAAGAAAACAAAACAAA